GGCCCCAUUAUGGAGGAGAUACCAUUCCAAAGAGUCAAGACCCGGCGGAGGAAGGGUCACUGCCCGGCGGGUGCACCCCUGGACGCCAUCGUGUGCGAGGACGAGUUCAACAGCCAGGAGCUGGAAGCUCUUUUCCAGAACUACAACCUGAAGCUGGAGCAGACGGCCACCCUUAAGGCGCUCGCGGUGCUCAUCGUCGCCGCGUCGUCGCUGUCCCUCGUGGAGCUGCUCUCCAACCCGCGUCUCACCCUCUCCAAGGGCUCCAACCCCGUGCACUGCGUGGUUUUCCUCUCGCUUUUCAUCGUCACUAAUGUCAAAUACCUGCAAGUGACGCAGCUGCAGCAAACGGCCAAGCUCGCUUUGCUCUUCAGCUUCACCUUCGCGCUGCUCUGCUGCCCCUUCCCGCUGGCCCUGAGCACGUCGGAGCCGGUGGGCGCCCCCGCACCCGAGCAAGGCGUGUGGCAGCUCAUGCUGGUCACCCUGGUGGCUUACAUGCUGCUGCCGGUACGGACUCUCUUGGCCGUGCUCUUCGGCUUCAUGCUGGCUACGUCCCACUUUAUUGUCAUCUCUACGUCCAUCACCAGGAAGACACAGGAACUGUGGCGACCGAUGGCGGCCAAUGCCGUGCUUUUUAGCAGUGUCAACAUGUUGGGGGUGUUUGUGAGGAUUCUCACCGAGCGCACACAGAGGAAAGUCUUCCUGCAAGCCCGCAACUGCAUUGAGGAGAGGCUGAGACUGGAGGACGAGAACGAAAAACAGGAGCGUCUGCUUAUGAGUCUGCUGCCCAGGAAUGUUGCCAUGGAGAUGAAGGAGGACUUUCUAAAGCCCCCCGAGAGGAUCUUUCAUAAGAUCUACAUUCAACGUCAUGAUAAUGUCAGCAUAUUAUUCGCAGAUAUUGUGGGUUUCACCAGCCUGGCAUCCCAGUGUACUGCGCAGGAAUUGGUCAAAUUGCUCAAUGAGCUCUUUGGAAAGUUUGAUGAACUUGCUACAGAGAAUCACUGCAGGCGAAUAAAGAUCCUGGGCGACUGUUAUUACUGCGUAUCAGGGUUGACCCAACCCAAGGCUGACCACGCCCACUGCUGUGUAGAGAUGGGCCUUGACAUGAUUGACACCAUAGCGUCAGUGGUAGAGGCAACAGAGGUGGACUUGAAUAUGCGUGUCGGACUACACACAGGGAGGGUGCUGUGCGGAGUACUCGGCCUCAGGAAAUGGCAGUAUGACGUCUGGUCAAACGAUGUCACUUUGGCGAAUGUGAUGGAGGCCGGAGGACUGCCUGGUAAGGUUCACAUCACAAGAACCACACUGGAGUGUUUAAAUGGUGACUACGAGGUGGAACCUGGGUUCGGCCACAAGAGACACGCCUUCCUUCAGAAACAUCACAUAGAGACAUUUUUCAUCGUGCCAUCACACAGACGCAAAAUAUUUCCUGGUUUAAUUCUGUCUGACAUCAAACCAGCAAAGAGGAUGAAGUUCAAGACUGUGUGCUAUCUGCUCGUGCAACUCAUGCACUGCAGAAAGAUGUUCAAGGCAGAGAUCCCCUUUUCAAAUGUAAUGACCUGUGAGGACGAUGACAAGCGGAGAGCCUUAAGGACUGCAUCUGAGAAGUUACGAAAUCGGACGUCUUUCUCAGCUUCCACCAUCCAGCAUUCACCUGGAACAAGAGUCAACCGCUACAUUGGACGCCUAAUCGAAGCUCGGCAGACUGAGUCAGGAACAUCAGAUCUAAAUUACCUGACCUUGUUCUUUCGGAACAGAGACAGGGAGCGAAGGUAUAACCAGAUGUUUGAUGAGCAUUUCACUGGCGCAGUGGUUGUCUCUCUGAUCCUGGCUGCAUUCUUUGGCCUUAUCUAUCUGUUAAUGAUCCCUAAGGGGAUAUUGGUACUGCUUCUCUUGGUGUUAUGCGUUUGUUUUCAUGUGGCCUGUGUCAUGUACCUACAUCUUACAAGUGUUCAGUGUCAACCAGGCUGCCUCACCAUCCAGAUACGAACAGUCGUGUGUGUCUUCCUUGUUUUGCUGUCUUAUUCUGUUACACAGGCCUGCAUGGUGGGAUUUAUUCCGUGGGGUCGAGUUCAAAUCCGAUGCAACAACUCUGUGCAGGAUUCCACUGCAGAGAUGUUUGGUGUUGAACCCCAUAACAGCACAGCUGCAGAUAGAGCUGGUUUAAACGUGGCAUAUGCGCUGUUGUCCUGUUUAGCUGGUACACUCACCAUUGUCCCCUACCUCAGAGUGUCUUCACUCGCAAAAAUCCUCCUGCUCCUCCUUCUCUCCAUCACUUACACAGUCAUCAUGGAGACCAGUGGGUAUCGCCAAGCUGUCGGUGGUGGUUUUCUCCACACUCGGGGUUAUGAUCCUGUGUUGGCAGUCCUGCUAUUCUCUGGAGCUCUGGCUCUCCACUCAAGACAGCUCGACCUGAAGCUGCGUCUUGACUACCUGUGGGCAACUCAGGCAGAAGAGGAGAGAGACGACAUGGAGAAAGUGAAACUGGACAACAAAAGAAUCCUGUUCAACCUGUUACCAGCGCAUGUGGCUCAACAUUUCCUCAUGUCAAACCCCAGAAACAUGGAUUUAUACUAUCAGUCCUACUCUCAGGUUGGAGUACUGUUUGCUUCGAUUGCCAACUUCAAUGACUUCUAUAUAGAGUUGGAUGGAAAUAACAUGGGCGUUGAGUGUUUAAGGCUACUCAAUGAAAUCAUUGCUGACUUUGAUGAGCUAAUGGAUAAAGAGUGCUACCGAGACAUUGAGAAAAUUAAGACGAUUGGCAGCACAUACAUGGCUGCAGUGGGUCUUGUUCCUACAUCUGGCUCAAAGGCAAAGAAUUCCAUCAUUUCACAUCUAUGCACAGUAGCAGAUUUUGCCAUUGAGAUGUUUGAUGUUCUGGAUGCAAUUAACUACCAGUCUUAUAAUGACUUCGUUCUUAGAGUAGGAAUCAAUGUAGGUCCAGUGGUCGCAGGCGUCAUUGGUGCCAGAAGGCCUCAGUAUGAUAUCUGGGGAAACACAGUGAAUGUAGCAAGCAGGAUGGACAGUACUGGAGUACAGGGAAAAAUACAAGUGACAGAAGAUGUCUAUCGUAUCAUUGUAAACCACUAUAAAUUUGUUUGCCGGGGCCAAGUCAGUGUAAAGGGCAAAGGUCAGAUGCUUACUUACUUCCUGGAAGAGCGGCGGCAAGGCUGCAGUCUGUCUAGUUCCCUUCAGCAGCCUCGCAAUGUGGAACAGCGCUUAAGCGCCUUCGGCCAAGGCAGUGUGUGCACCAGACUAAGCCCGGCACCCACAGUGACCACAUAUGCUACAGUCAGGACCUCGAGCCCAUGCGGGGCAAAACCAACAACCUCCACCAGCACUACUAGGUACUUGCCGUCUGUCCCUACAGCACUAGUGUGA